AUGGAUGGCUUCAUCAAUUAUUUCCGUGCUUAUCACUCGAUUGCUUCAUUAUACGGUUGUGCAUUAAAUGCUCUUUUGGUGUAUGUGGUUCUUACAAAAAGCCCCAAGAGUAUUAAAAGUUAUGGAGUUCUGGUCAUCAAUUUUUCAAUAACUGAUUUCUUGAUCUGUAUUUUUAAUCUCAUCAUAAUGCAAAGAAUCAUAAUCUGUGGAGAUGGUGUGGCCUACAUCUCAAUUGGUCCAUGCUCUCUCCAUUCCGCCAGAUUCUGCUUCAUCUCAUUCGUCCUAAUCCUUCAUUUCUACACCCAUUCAUUUUGGCUCCUUCUAAUCUCAUUUUCCUAUCGAUAUUACGUUAUGAUCAAAUCCGAACCAAAAAUGUGGAAAACCCAACUUCUAGUCUGCAUUUUCUAUCUCCCUUCGCUAUUUCGAAACAUAAAUAUACACACUCAAAAUGUCCCCGAAGAAUCCGCGAAAAAAAUGGUUAUGGCGUAUUAUCCUAGCUAUGACGUGAGCCAACUCACUGUAACUGCUGUUGCUACAGUUUGGGACUUCACAGCGCUCUAUUGUUGUAUUCACGUGGUUGGUGUUAGUGUCCCCAUUGCUUUUGCUAUAGUGACUUUGAGAGGUAAAAUUCUAAAGAAGCUCAGUGCCGCAGGUCAAACUACAUCACAACGUUCUAAACAACUUCAAUUACAAUUUCUCAAGGUAAGCUCUAGAGUCCGAUGACGUUCUAUAAACUGUUUCAGGCUCUAACGUUCCAAGCGUGUAUCCCAGUAUUCUACCUCUGGGGUGGUUUAUGUUUCAUGAUUCAACAAUGGAACAUAAUCAAUAAUGCUCUUCCACAAUAUUUUUGUUUCUGCUUCUUCAUCCUUGUUCCAAUUCUCAAUCCAAUGUCUUCUUUCAUUUUCAUCACACCCUAUCGUAAUUUCUUUAUUUCGAAUCUCAAACGAAAGUUUACAACCACCUCAACAAAAAUAUCAGUUGCUCAUAGUAGCGAUUUCAUCACCUAG